UUAUAAUUAAAUUGCGUAAUGAUGCCCUAGCAAUACGCAAACACUCUGAAGGGCAUAUGCAUGCACCUAGUCCGUCCGUGUCUUCUGCAAGACUACACAAAGUUACUAAAAGAAUUGUUGCUGUUAUUCUAUUUUAUUUUUUCUGUUGGACACCUUACUGGCUUUUAAAUAUAAUGUCUCAAUUUGGCUUGAUUGUUGUCAGUUGGUCAACCCUAACUCUAAGCUCUGUUUUCUUUGCUGCCCAUUUUCUCGUUUGCUUCAACUCCGCUGCUAAUCCUGUUUUAUAUGCUUUAAUUAAUCGAGAAUUGAGACAACAACAUGCCCAAGCAUUUCAGAAAAGGAGGAGAUCAUUACACUUAAUAACAACAAAUAAUACAACCGCAAUGACUGAUAAAGAUCUAAAUUCCCCAACUAUUGCCAAACUAAAAGAACAUCGGUUAGCAUCGCUAGGUUGCACAGAUGAUAGCCGUCUUAUGCUUUUGGGUAAUGGACUAAUUAAUGGGCAACACUUAGAAAAUGGACAACAGCUUGAAAAGAGGUCGAGAAAUAAUUUUAAAAAAAUCGAAAAAUUUUUUUUCAAGAUCAAGCUCAUUUUCCCAUUCAACACCCCCCAUGUUUGCCGGCUUAACCAGCAGAUUCUCCCAACUUCGUUUACUUUCCCAUUUUGGAAGUAG